AUGAAAGAAAACUACAACACAGUUAUAAAAAGAAUAAGCGUAAUAGGUGAAUGGGUUAAUUCAAAUAUAGACAAUAAUAAUUUAUCAAAUUUAUCAAAUAACAAAGUUGAAGAUAUUGUUGAACUUUUAAAAGUUUUUGAUAAAUUGAUUCAACAGAAUUUUAUUGAUAUGGAAAAAAUGUUCCUAUUAUUUAAAGAAAAACAAAGUGUUCAAGAUGAUCCUAAUGCAUCAGAACUAAAUGUUACUGACGGAGAGAUUAUAUUUGACAAUGUUGGGUUUUCAUAUGAUUCUAGGAAUGAAUCAUUAAAAAAUAUAUCAUUUACAAUUCCUAAAGGUAAAACUGUAGCUUUGGUUGGGCCUAGUGGCGGAGGAAAAUCUACCAUAUUACGUUUAUUAUUUAGAUUUUAUGAUGUCAACUCGGGCCAAAUAUUAAUUGAUGGACAAGACAUCAAACAUGUUACACAAGAGAGUUUACGUAAAAAUAUUGGUGUCGUACCUCAAGACACAGUACUAUUCAACGAUACUAUUUUUUAUAACAUACAUUAUGGAAAUGUAAAUGCAAGCGAUGAUGAAGUAUAUAAAGCUGCAAAAUCUUCUCAAAUCCAUGAUAAAAUCUUAAGUUUUCCAGAUGGUUAUGAAACGCGUGUUGGAGAACGUGGUUUAAGAUUAAGUGGCGGCGAAAAACAAAGAGUCGCAAUUGCUAGAACAAUCUUGAAGAAUCCUCCGGUAUGA